GGUGAAGGGGAACUGUGGUUCUUGUUAAAGCCUCGUGAAUUGGAAGGUGUUCUUGAUAAACUACAAUUUCCAGCAAUCAUUUAGGGGCGUGGGUGGACGACCGUUCUUGUUAUGCUUUAGAACACACACUAACGACUAAAACAAAGAUAGCUAGCUAGUUUUAAACAAAAUGAACUGUAAUAAGUUUAUCAUACUAUAAAGCAGACUUAGAUAGGGUGACGUUAGCUGGCCUAGAUAGCUCCCUUUCGCUGUCACUCGUUUUGUUGCGUUGUAAAUCUAGCUAGUUUCUAGCUAACAGCUAGGCUAAUAUUUUCCUAUUGUAAUGUCUUGGUUGUGUUUUGCUACAGUUUUUUCGAGGAGUAUUUGAUGCCAAAUGCCUUGCAGUUCGCAGCAAAUUCACCAAAACCAUCACAAACGGCUUCUGAUCUUUAUUCGUUAGACUUGUUUUGCUCAUCUCAGUGUGACUGAUUGAACGUGAUGGUUUCCUGCGACAACCAUGUCUUGUAAAUCCAAAGUUGCCCCAAGUGUUGAUUUCGACCACAGCUGUUCGGACAGCGUGGAAUACCUGACACUUAAUUUUGGCCCUUUCGAGACCGUUCAUCGUUGGAGAAGGCUCCCGCCGUGUGACGAAUUUGUUGGGGCAAGGCGCAGUAAACACACCGUGGUGGCAUACAGGGAUGCCAUUUAUGUGUUUGGGGGAGACAAUGGGAAAAACAUGCUGAACGAUCUGUUACGUUUUGACGUCAAAGACUGCUCAUGGUGUCGAGCCUUCACCACGGGCACCCCGCCGGCACCCAGGUACCAUCACUCCGCGGUGGUGUAUGGCAGCAGCAUGUUUGUAUUCGGGGGUUAUACGGGCGAUAUCUACUCCAACUCCAACUUGAAAAACAAAAAUGACCUCUUUGAAUACAAAUUCGCAACAGGACAGUGGACUGAGUGGAAAGUUGAGGGCAGUUUGCCUGUGGCCAGGUCAGCCCACGGGGCUACAGUCUACAGUGAUAAACUCUGGAUAUUCGCUGGCUAUGAUGGGAACGCCAGGUUGAAUGACAUGUGGACCAUCAGUCUCCAGGACCGAGAGCAUGCUUGUUGGGAGGAGAUCGCUCAGAGUGGAGAGAUCCCUCCGUCCUGCUGCAACUUCCCAGUGGCCGUGUGCAGGAACAAGAUGUUUGUGUUUUCUGGCCAGAGCGGAGCCAAGAUCACCAACAACCUCUUCCAGUUCGAGUUCAAGGGCCACAUGUGGACCCGCAUCCCCACGGAGCACCUCCUGCGGGGCUCCCCUCCCCCGCCCCAGAGGCGCUACGGCCACACCAUGGUGGCCUUCGACCGCCAUCUCUAUGUGUUCGGCGGGGCGGCUGACAACACGCUGCCCAACGAGCUCCACAGCUACGACGUGGACUCCCAGAGCUGGGAGGUGGUCCAGCCUAGCCUGGACAGCGAGGAUCCCCUCGGAAACGAGAUGACUUCAUCUCAAGGGUCAAUUGUGAUGCCCAGCGGGCGUUUGUUCCACGCCGCCGCCGUCAUCCACAACGCCAUGUACGUCUUCGGAGGCACGGUGGACAAUAACGUGCGGAGCGGCGAGAUGUACCGCUUCCAGUUUUCAUGCUACCCCAGGUGCACCCUUCACGAGGACUAUGGCAAGCUUUGGGAGAACAGGCAGUUCUGUGAUGUGGAGUUCAUCCUGGGGGAGAGGGAGGAGAGAGUUCUGGGUCACAUCGCCAUAGUGACGGCGAGAUGCCAGUGGCUGCGUAAGAAGAUCCUGCAGGCUCGGGACAGACAGAGACAGAAGAACAAGCCGGAGAGCUGUGAGGAGAGCGAGGAGGGCCCCCCUCCAGGGCCCAGGGACCUCCCGUGUGUGAGCCGGCCCUCGGGGGCCCAGCCUCUCCUGGAGGUGUCCAUCAGGGAGGCCGAGGCCAAGCCCUUCGAGGUUCUCAUGCAGUUCCUCUACACGGAUAAGAUCCUGUACCCUCGUCGAGGUCACGUCCAGGACGUCCUGCUGAUCAUGGACGUCUACAAGCUGGCUCUGAGCUUCAAGCUGUCUCGUCUGGAGCAGCUGUGCGUGCAGUACAUUGAGGCGUCCGUCGACCUGCAGAACGUCCUGAGCGUGUGCGAGAACGCCAACAAGCUGCAGCUGGACCAGCUGAAGGAGCACUGCCUGAACUUCGUGGUGAAGGAGACUCACUUCAACCAGGUGAUCAUGACCAAAGAGUUUGAGCGGCUCUCCACGGCGCUGAUCGUGGAGAUCGUGCGGCGGAAGCAGCAGCCUCCUCCUCGGGUGUACUCGGACCAGCCGGUGGACAUAGGGACCUCCCUGGUCCAGGACAUGAAGGCCUACCUGGAGGGGGGCGGCCUGGACUUCUGUGACAUCAUCCUGCUGUUGGACGGACACCCGCGCCCCGCCCACAAAGCCAUACUGGCCGCCCGCUCCAGUUACUUUGAGGCCAUGUUCCGCUCCUUCAUGCCAGAGGACGGCCAGGUGAACAUCUCCAUCGGGGAGAUGGUGCCAAGCAAGCAGGCCUUUGAGUCCAUGCUGCGCUACAUCUACUACGGAGACGUCAACAUGCCUCCAGAAGACUCCCUCUACCUGUUUGCAGCUCCAUAUUACUAUGGGUUCUCCAACAACAGACUCCAGGCCUACUGCAAGCAGAACCUGGAGAUGAACGUCACAGUGGAGAACGUCCUGCAGAUAUUGGAGGCUGCAGACAAGACCCAGGCCCUGGACAUGAAGAAGCACUGCCUACACAUCAUCGUCCACCAGUUCAUCAAGGUGUCCAAGCUUCCCAACCUGAGGUCCCUGAGCCAGCUGCUGCUGCUAGACAUCAUCGAGUCUCUGGCCACGCACAUAUCAGACAAACAGUGUGCUGAGAUGGGCUCCGACAUAUAGGACUGUAGAGGGACGAGCCGGUAUCCUCCCGUUUCUGUUCGCCCCUCCAUGCUUCACCACUUCCAUUCCUUCCUGGUCAGAUUCUGUCUGUCUGGAUGUUCUUUUGGACCUUGGAUCUUGGCAGCGACCUUGAGUUUUAUCCAUGCUGGCGGACGAUUUUAUGAGGUUGUUUUAAUCGAUCAGAAAAGUUCUGAUCUCAGAGAACUGAGAGGAGCGAUUGAGUUUCAGCGUGUGGAGGCUCAGACAAGCUCUCAAGAAUUCUGUCCGAAGAUUUCACUGGCAUGAAAGUUCCCUCUGGUCUCUGCUCAAGACACCACCAGGUGUCCUGUGCAUUUGUUUCCUCAUAUAUAGUUCUCCUUAUACAUUAUUUUACAUUCAUGUGAUAUAUAAGGUCAAACCCAGCCUACGGCUAUGUCCUGUAUAGUAACGUUACACUUGUACUGUAUGUACAGUACCUUUUUAUGUAGGCUGUUUUAUUGGUUAUAGGCAUACUGUUAUGAUUUCACCUACUUGUAUUAUUGUAUUAUAAUAACUAUAUAUAUAUAUAUUAUUACUUUUGUCAACAUGUUAUUCAUGAAUAUACACUUGAUGUAUUCAAUGCCUUAAAUAAAUGAUCCAAGUAA